AUGACCUGGACGUUGUUAUGUUUUCUAUUGGUUAGUGGCUGGUCGUCGCAUGCGUUGGUCAUCAACAACUACGAAUAUUAUGCCAAAAAUGUUUGUUCUGGUCAGCGGUCAGGAAGAGUAGCCCAUCCAUCCAAUUGCUCGCUCUAUUACAAAUGUACCAACGAAAGAGCGACUUUGAUCUCAUGCAGCAAUGAUUAUUGGUUUAACUCGAAACUAAAAAAAUGCGUUGAUCAGGAAUUAUUUUCGGAAGAAGAGGCAACAAAAUGUGGAAAACUACCCAAGAACUCCUUCGUUAAGAUUCGAAGAUGUAUCAUCGAUCCCAUAGUCGACGUUCAAUGGAAGCAUGACAACUUUGAAGAAAAGAGCGUGAGUGCUCUGCCGAAAGAAAUUUUGAUGCAGAUACCUGUCGGAAGUCAGAUGAAAACGUUGAAACUAAUGAAAAAAGCAAAUGCCACAAAAAACUUGAAAACAUGGAGUGUAUACAGCGAUUUAAAUUCAGAGUCAUCUGUCUCUGUAGCUAUCCAGGACACCAAUGGAAUCAAAAAUGUUGUUUAUGAUGGCUCUUUUGUAGACAACCAAAAGAAAUACUACAUAAGAUCGGAUGAAGGCAGGCGGUCUAGUCCACUAGAAGCAAGUAAGACAAGGCCACUGAUCAUCAACGGCUCCAGCUAUUUGCUUGUUGAAGAAAAUAAGUUGGCUAGUCAGUACGAUACUUUGCGAGCUGCCCAAUCUACAUCGGCUAAUGUGACAUCGUUGAUGACGAACCUCGAAAAACUGGUUAAUGCGCAACUUCAAUCGGGCGCUACAAAGAGGAAAUUCGGACUUGAACUCUUCAUCGUUUUAGACUACUCCAUUUUUUACAAGUGGUACUCACAAAGCAAGGAAACGAACGACCUCGCAAGAACAGCUGAUGCUAUUUACAACAUCAGAUAUUUCUACACUCACGUUGUUAACGGGAUCAACGACAGGUACGCAAGCAUUCAGGAGGACGACAUGUCUUUUUACGUCAAACUUGUCGGUUACUACAUUGCGCAAACUCCAAGUGAUUCACAGUUCACAGAGAAACCAAACAUAAAAUUGUCAUCAUACGCCACAGAAGCAUAUAAUGCUUUGGAUGAGUUUGAAAAGUGGAUUGCAAAUAAUGCGAUGAAUCUUCCAAGAUUUGAUUCAGCUGCCCUUUUUACUGAUUACACUAUGCUAGCUUACAACUCCUUUCACAACGACACCUACCAAAUAACUGGCCUGGCAAAUAUUGGAGCAACAUGUACACUAAAAGGAGUAUCUAUCAAUAAGAAUUUCGGUCAAUAUGCAACCAUUGAAACUGCCUCACACGAAAUUGGACACAAUUUGGGAGCUUGGCACGAUGGGUCGGACAACACAUGCGGUGCAAGUGACCAGUUCAUCAUGUCACCUGCUCCUGGAAGUCUCACCAACCAAACCUUCAACAAUCCGUUCACUUUCUCUCAAUGUUCAAUCAACUACUUUAGAAAUUACAUAGCUAAAUUGGACCAAGGCAACAACAACUGCUUGCUUAACGAAGCUUUCGAUGUUGAACCCACUGAUCAGGCUGGAUUCCUUCAACAAUAUCCAGGACAGAAAUAUUCAGUUGACAAACAAUGCCAACUUUUGUACGGACAAAACGCAUUCUACUGCGCGGGUGGCGGAGAAAGAGAUGCAUCGAUCUGCAGAGAGUUGAAAUGUUACGAUCCAUCGCAAGGCAAAUGUGUGAGCAGAGUGGAACAAAGAGCGUUAGAUGGCACAACGUGUUCCAACAAAUUUUGGUGUAUUAGAGGAGUUUGUGUGGCCGAUAACAGGGCUUCUGCUGCGCCCGCUUCGUGCAUCUAUGGUGACUACAAAGAUGUCUUCAACUAUCAGAGUGGAUCCAUAAGUUGCUCCUAUAUGACAUCCAACCUGCCCUGGAUGUGUUACGAUAAUUAUUACUCAGCUCUGUGCUGCACAUCUUGCGCAAAAAUUAGAAAUAAAAAAUUUCCAGGCUGCGAGUAUGGUGACCGAGAUAACACAUGUGCUUCAAUAUCUUCUCGCCAAUGCUACGACUCCAACAAACAAUCACAAUGUUGUGCUACCUGUUUGAAAAGAGAAUUGAAUUUGCCUGUUCCUAAUUGCAGAUACGGAGAUAAAGUUGACUGGUGCUCAACAAUGUCAUCGAACGGAUGUUACACAUCCAGUGACUACUGCUGCCAGUACUGUUUAACUUUUAAAACUGAAAUUCAAAACUGUGAGUUCGGGGAUAAGAUAGCAGGUUGCUCACUUGAUCACUGCAAAGACGCGUCGUUAAGACAACAAUGUUGUAAAACUUGUCAGUCUUUUACAGUAACAACAACAACGAUAACAACGACGACGACAACACAGAAACCAUCAUCAGGAACAUGUCCACUGGGAGACAGAGCAUCCUGGUGUUCAACCAUAACAUCUGACGCGUGCUACGGAAGCAAGGAAACCUGUUGCCUCAAGUGUUCCUCCUUUUAUAACCCUUCUUAUCCUGGCUGUGAAUAUGGAGACAAAGCUUCCUGGUGCAGAUUAUACGUUAAGGGUGCAGACGAAUGCAAGAUAUCUGAAGUGGCCAAUCUCUGUUGCGCCUCCUGUCGAGCAUACAUAACUCCCAACUCUGAAAUCCCCUCGUGUCCAAAUGGUGACCAGGCAUUCUACUGUUCAACAAUAAAACCUUCGGAGUGUUACAGUUCAAAAAGCACUUGCUGCACAACUUGCGCAAAAUAUUACGAUUCUACAAACCAAAAUUGCGAGUAUGGUGACAAAGCCGAUUGGUGUAGCUCCUAUGUGCAAGGACCAGCCGAAUGCCAAAGAACGGAAGUUGCCAGUUUAUGUUGUAAAACAUGCAAAGACAAGAAAAAAAUAUUUGAAGUGGGAACCUGCGUUGAUUCUGCCGAUUGGUGUAAAGGCAUGUUCGCAGGCUUUUGUUACGAUCCCAGUGUUGCUUCAACGUGCUGUGCAGCCUGUGCAAGCUAUUCGAAGGAAAGUAAAGGAGAGUGCCUAUACGGUGACAUGUACAGCUGGUGCAGCAAGGAGUUUUGCAGCAUGAAUGCCGCCGAGUGCUGUCAAUCAUGCAAAAAUUAG